AUGAAAAUAAUCAACAUGUUGUCUUUGGGGGGCAACACUCUGACCGGCAACACUCUGACCGGCAACACUCUGACCGGCAACACCCUGACUGGCAAUACUUCGACCGCCUCUCACUUUUCAUCAUUAAUCCUCGCCCAUUUCCUCAACAACAUUCCUUCUUCGAACUCUGCUCAUCUUCGAACUCUGCUCAUCUUCGGGCUCUAUCUUCCUGCUACUCUCUUCCAGUUCCCCUGGCAUACCUCCAACAUCCAUCACCAAGACCAAUACAUACAUGUUUCGUCUCGAUGCGAUCAAUAUUCUCUUUUGGAAUGCAGAGGGUGA